CAGAGUGAUUACAUGUACUCACUUAGAUUCCUUUACGUUCUGAUGGGAUAGGCUAAACCUUGCACCAUGGGCAAUGCGGCCAUGUGUAAGGUGUGUGGCUCGGACAAGGGCCUGAGGACUACCACUAGCCUGUCUAACCUGGACCAGAAUGCUUUGCCACACUACUACUGUGUGAAGCAUUUUCCUGUGCAGCCUCCACUGAUGCUGUCGGACAGUAACACCAGUUUCCUGCGAGCAGCAAGAGCAGGGAACAUUGAAAAGGUUUUGGAGUAUCUGAAAGGGGGAGUGGACAUCAGCACCUGCAAUCAGAAUGGUCUUAAUGCACUGCACCUGGCAGCCAAGGAGGGCCAUGUGGACCUGGUCCAGGAGCUGUUGGACAGAGGUGCUGCAGUAGAUUCAGCCACAAAGAAAGGAAAUACAGCACUUCAUAUAUCUUCUUUAGCUGGUCAGGCUGAAGUAGUGAAGAUCCUGGUCAAACGAGGAGCUGACAUCAAUGCACAGUCUCAGAAUGGAUUCACUCCUCUAUACAUGGCCGCCCAGGAGAAUCACAUGGAUGUGGUUCGAUACCUGCUCGAGAACGGAGGCAACCAGAGCACUGCUACUGAGGAUGGCUUCACUCCGCUGGCCAUCGCCCUCCAGCAGGGCCACAACCAGGUGGUUUCUAUCCUACUGGAGAAUGAUACUAAAGGCAAGGUCCGCCUGCCUGCCUUGCAUAUCGCUGCCCGCAAGGACGACACCAAGUCAGCCGCCCUGCUACUCCAGAAUGACCACAAUGCUGAUGUCCAGUCGAAGAUGAUGGUCAAUAGGACUACUGAGAGUGGAUUCACCCCCCUACAUAUUGCUGCCCACUACGGCAACGUAAAUGUGGCAACACUCUUACUGAACCGAGGGGCAGCAGUCGACUUCACAGCAAGGAAUGGGAUUACGCCUCUACAUGUGGCAUCUAAGCGUGGCAACACUAACAUGGUUGGCCUGUUACUGGACCGUGGCUCUCAGAUUGAUGCUAAAACAAGGGAUGGUCUAACUCCUCUGCACUGUGCAGCCCGGAGUGGACAUGAUACAGCUGUGGAGUUGCUGCUAGAGAGAGGAGCACCCUUGCUGGCCAGGACCAAGAACGGGCUGUCUCCUCUUCACAUGGCGGCACAAGGUGACCAUGUUGAAUGUGUCAAACACCUUCUGCAGCACAAGGCUCCUGUUGAUGAUGUCACAUUGGACUACUUGACAGCGUUGCAUGUGGCAGCUCACUGCGGUCACUACAGAGUCACCAAACUGCUGCUGGACAAGAGGGCCAACCCCAAUGCCAGGGCACUGAACGGCUUCACUCCGCUGCACAUAGCCUGUAAGAAGAACCGAGUGAAAGUGAUGGAGUUGCUGGUCAAAUAUGGAGCCUCUAUCCAGGCCAUUACAGAGUCUGGUUUGACUCCCAUCCACGUAGCAGCCUUCAUGGGUCACCUGAACAUUGUCCUGCUGCUGCUGCAGAACGGAGCCUCGCCCGAUGUCAGCAAUAUUCGUGGAGAGACAGCGUUACACAUGGCAGCCAGGGCAGGUCAGGUGGAGGUGGUCAGAUGUCUGUUGAGGAAUGGCGCCAUGGUGGAUGCCAGGGCAAGGGAGGACCAGACUCCCCUCCACAUUGCAUCCCGUCUGGGAAAAACAGAGAUUGUGCAACUGCUACUGCAACACAUGGCCCAUCCUGAUGCUGCCACAACCAACGGCUACACCCCCCUCCACAUCUCAGCCAGGGAGGGUCAGGUGGAGACAGCCUCUGUCCUGCUGGAGGCCGGAGCUUCACACUCACUGGCCACCAAGAAAGGUUUUACUCCCCUGCAUGUGGCCUCCAAGUAUGGAAGCCUAGAUGUAGCCAAACUUCUGCUGCAGCGUCGUGCCCCACCUGAUUUUGCUGGGAAGAAUGGCCUCACCCCGCUCCAUGUUGCAGCACAUUACGAUAACCAGAAGGUGGCGCUCCUGCUUUUGGACAAAGGAGCGUCCUCUCACACCAUGGCCAAGAAUGGCUACACUCCUCUCCACAUUGCCGCUAAGAAGAACCAGAUGGAAAUCGCCACAGUGCUGCUGCAGUAUGGAGCUGAGACCAACAUCCUGACUAAACAGGGCGUCACUCCGCUCCAUCUGGCCUCCCAGGAGGGCCACGCAGACAUGGCUGCCCUGCUUAUCAGCAAGGGAGCCCAAGUCAAUGUGCAAACCAAGAGUGGCCUGACUGCCCUCCAUCUGGCAGCCCAGGAGGAUAAAGUGGCUGUUGCAGAGAUUCUAGCCAGGAACGGAGCCAACCUCGACCAGCAGACCAAAUUGGGAUACACCCCGCUAAUUGUAGCAUGUCACUAUGGCAACGCCAAGAUGGUCAACUUCCUGCUUCAGAAUGGAGCCAGUGUCAACGCCAAGACCAAGAAUGGAUACACUCCCCUUCACCAGGCAGCCCAGCAAGGAAACACACACAUCAUUAAUGUACUGCUGCAAAGCGGUGCCAAGCCCAAUGCCAUCACUGUGAAUGGAAACACUGCCCUGGGGAUUGCUCGGAGGUUGGGCUACAUUUCUGUGGUGGACACACUGAGGGUCGUCACUGAGGAGAUCAUUACCACCACAACGACGGUGACAGAGAAACACAAGCUGAACGUGCCAGAAACCAUGACUGAAGUGCUGGAUGUCUCAGAUGAAGAGGCACUGAAAUCCAUUGAUGAUGACGUUAUGUCAGAUGACCUUGAGGAUGUGGAAGGUGAUGACACGAUGACAGGUGACGGAGGGGAGUAUUUGAGGGCUGAGGACCUCAGGGAGCUGGGAGAUGACUCCUUGCCAGGACAGUACCUGGAUGGAAUGAACUACCUCCGCUUCAGUCUGGAAGGAGGACGAACUGACAGUUCAGACAGGUCCUUCACACCCACCCACCACAGCUACUACUCCCCUAAACAUGAAGGCAUGAUGGAGGAGAUGCUCGCCAGUCACCAGGUUUCAUCACUUGCCAGAGAGAAUGAGAGGGAUUCAUAUCGUCUGAGUUGGGGCACAGAGAACCUGGACAAUGUGGCUUUAUCCUCCAGUCCCAUUCACUCUGGCCAUUCCUCUCCGUGCCAUGAUCAUGGAGACCACAGCAGCUUCCUGGUCAGCUUCAUGGUGGACGCCAGGGGCGGAGCAAUGCGUGGUUGCCGGCACAAUGGCCUACGCAUCAUCAUCCCGCCCAGGAAGUGCAGUGCGCCCACACGGGUGACAUGCCGGCUGGUGAAGAGGCACCGUCUGGCCACCAUGCCGCCAAUGGUUGAGGGUGAGGGCCUGGCAAGUAGGCUCAUUGAGGUGGGGCCGUCUGGAGCCCAGUUCCUUGGUAAACUCCACCUACCCAGUGCCCCUCCACCUCUUAAUGAGGGAGAGAGUUUGGUUAGCAGAAUCCUCCAGCUCGGCCCACCGGGGACAAAAUUCCUUGGUCCUGUGAUUGUGGAGAUCCCCCACUUUGCUGCCCUGCGGGGGAAAGAGAGGGAGCUUGUGAUUCUGAGGAGUGAGACCGGAGAGAGUUGGAAGGAGCAUCACUGUGAACACACCCAGGAGGAACUCAACCAGAUACUCAAUGGCAUGGAUGAGGAUCUUGACACACCAGAGGAGCUGGAAAGGAAGCGCAUCUGCCGCAUCAUCACUAGAGAUUUCCCACAAUACUUUGCGGUGGUGUCGCGCAUCAAGCAAGACAGUAAUCUUAUUGGUCCAGAAGGAGGCAUCCUGAGCAGCACUGUUGUGCCCCAAGUCCAGGCAGUUUUUCCUGAGGGGGCCCUCACCAAGAGAAUCAGGGUUGGACUGCAGGCCCAGCCAGUGAAUGUGGAUGUAGUGAGGAAGAUACUGGGGAGCAAGGCCACCUUCAGCCCCAUCGUCACCCUAGAGCCACGCAGGAGGAAGUUCCAUAAACCCAUCACCAUGACCAUCUCUGUCCCCAAGAGCAACUCCGACCCGGUCCUAAAUGGCUUCGGAGGGGAUACCCCCACCUUACGACUGCUCUGUAGUAUAACUGGUGGAACAACACCUGCUCAAUGGGAGGAUAUAACAGGAACCACUCCAUUAACAUUCAUCAACGACUGUGUCUCCUUCACCACCAAUGUGUCUGCAAGAUUCUGGCUGAUAGACUGUCGACAGGUCCAGGAAUCUGUCAAUUUCUCCACUCAGGUGUACCGAGAGAUCAUCUGUGUCCCAUAUAUGGCCAAGUUUGUCAUCUUUGCCAAGACCCACGAUCCCAUUGAGGCCAGACUGCGUUGCUUCUGCAUGACAGAUGACAAGAUUGACAAAACCCUGGAGCAGCAAGAGAAUUUCACUGAGGUGGCUCGCAGCCGAGAUGUUGAGGUCCUAGAGGGCAAACCUAUCUAUGCAGACUGCUUUGGAAACCUUGUUCCUCUCACCAAAAGUGGCCAGCACCAUCUCUUCAGCUUCUUUGCCUUUAAGGAGAACAGACUAGCGCUCUUUAUAAAAAUCAGAGAUAACACUCAGGAGCCAUGUGGCCGUCUGUCCUUUAUGAAAGAACCCAGGAACUACAGGUCACUCACCCAAAAUGCCAUAUGCAACCUCAACAUCACCCUUCCAUCGUACUGCAAGGAGUCAGAUUCAGACCAAGAGCAAGAGGAAGAGACCAAUGGAACGCUAGAGAAAUAUGAAGAGACGGCAGCGUCACACCUGAAAUCAGACCUGAUUCGAGGACCAGACCUCCUAUCCGACGUGUCAGAGAUGAAACAAGAUUUGAUCAAAAUGACUGCCAUCUUGACUGCAGACUCCACAGAGAAAUCCCCUUCCUUAGGAGGGUGCGGUCUAGAGAAAGGGACUGAGGAUGUUUCUGGGGAGCCAUUAGAAAUAAUGGAGAAGGACUUAGAGAAAGUCAAAGAGGACCUAGAGAAAGUCAGUGAGAUACUAAGGAGUGGAACAUAUGAGGGUGAGGCAGCAGAGGAGGCAGCAAAAGCAGCUAGAAUGGCGGAGGAGUGGGUUCUCCUCUCAGAUGCUGAGAUAGAGGAGGCCAAAAACAUGGCAGCAUUAGAAACUCAAGAACCUGUCUUACGGGAAAGUAGAGCCAACAGAGGGGCUCCCAGACCUAAAGCUAUAAAGGACAGUGGUGACCUUAAAGAAUACCUCCUGGAUGCACCAAUAAGCUCCAAAAUAAAAGUUAAAAAAGAACCAGCCAUCCAAGAAAAAUUCACUGAUGUCGUGCUACGCAAAAGUGCGAAACCAUCUACUCCAACCAAAGUGUAUGACAAAGCAACUGCUGGUGAUGUUAAAAAGCCAGUCAGAAGGAAGGGGAAAGAGCAGGGGCAGGCAGAGGAAUCAACAGAGGCAGGUGCUCAUCUAAGUGUGCCUACAGCCCCUUCCCCAGUAUCACCUGUAUCCCCAGUGGUUGAAGAAACUCCCAUUGGGUCAAUAAAGGACAAAGUGAAAGCCUUACAACAGAAAGUAGAAGCAGAACAGAAAAGCAAAAAGGUCACUGGAAGCAAACCUUCACAAUUGCCUGUUAUGAGCAAACCCUCUCCAAAAGCCAAAGAAAGCCCCAAGUCAAAACAGGGCCCACCUAAAUCCCCCAAAGCUGAAUCUGAAAAACUUGAGGAGACCAUGUCAGUUAAAGAGCUGAUGCAAGCAUUCCAAACGGGGCAGGACCCCUCAAAGAGAAAAUCUGGGCUAUUCGAACUUAAAACAUCCACUAUGUCAAGAUCAGAGAAAACCACAAAAUCAGACACCAUCCAGUCAAAAUCCAUGACCAAAGCAACAACCUCACGUGUCUCUCAAGAACGAGAAGUAUCUUUGGAUUCCAAACCUCGCAAGAAAAAUACCACUCAGCAAGACAAAGAGAUAGAAACCAAGUCAGUUGCUGCCACCCAUUCAGAGCUAGCUGAAACUGUAGACUUUGGAAAUGGUGGCCUUGAUGAUAGCUCUGACAGCUUAAAACAUGAGGGUGUGGCAGACUCACUAAGUGCCAGUUCUGGAGAUGGUAACGCUCAUCUGAGCUCUGAGGACAGUUACAAACAUGAGGGUCUUGCCACUCCAGGCACAAGCCCAGAGAGUCUGUGUCUUUCUCCCAAAACUGGACAACAGACUACUACAACAUCUGCAGCAGCUGCCACAACAAUCAAAAAAGAAAGUGAAGACACACAGAAGUCUGGAGACUCUGGUGUAGGGACCACUGGUGACCAACUGUCUACAGAAUUGACUCUCCCUGUUUCUUCCAGCGAGGCUGCAGAUGAUCACACAACAAGUGAGUCCAUAUCUGUUAGGAGAAGCGAGGCUAAGCCAUCCAAACCUCAAAAGCUUACAAAGAGAAUUUCAGAGACUGUAGAAUCAUUUCUUAGCGAUGACGAGAGCCCUGAUCAUCUGCUAGCAUUAUCUUUAGUUGGUUCUCCUGCAUCUAGAUCCUCUUCUCAGUGUCAUGAACACUUAGAGCUGCAUUUAAGACAAGACUCAGAUGCUCUCAGUCCAUUAGCUGAUGACUCUUUGACAAUAAGCCACAGAGACUCUCUAGAGGGUAGUCCUCUCAUGGAAGAAAACUCCUCCCAUAAAUCCCCAGAUUCCAUUGAACCUAGCCCAACCAAGGAAUCACCCCCCCAUGACUCCUUAGAGAACAGCCCUGUAGAGCAAAAAAGCCACCCUUCCUUCUCAUCAACUCUAGGUCCUCCCAGUAAAUCCUCUAGCCAUCCAGAGCCCUCCAAAGCUACAGAAUUCCCCCAAGAUGCUUUACGUGGUAGGCUGCUUCGAGACCAUGAGACUAGUGCUGAUGAUGACAGUUGUGAGCAGACAUCUCAGAUGACAAGUUCCGCAGGUUUGCAUGAAGGAUCCCACAGCAAAGAGGUCAAGAGCACAACAAGAACAACAGCCAUUGUCACUUCAGAGGGACCUUACUCUGUCUCAGACCAGCAUCGUUCAAAAUCCAAACUGGAAACUGCACAGGAACAAAGAGUCCCACACUCUGCAAAAGCUGAAAAAGACAGUACUGCCAAAAAGGCUGCUGCAACAUCAAACACUGAAAACAGGACUGAUGAGCAAAAGGAGGAGAGCUUAAGGAAGUCAAGAGACAAAGGAGAUGAUAAAGAAGGUCAAAGGAUAGGAGAUAGCAGGCUACAGACUGGUACACUAAAGCAAGGUAGCAAUGUUACAGAUGAAGUGAAAGGAGAUCAAAAGGAGCAUUUAAGAGCACCAGAGGCUGAACCUGGUUCAGCUGUUGCCACAGGUCAAACAAAGGAGGUUUUCAAACCAGAGGUCUGUAUCUAUGAUGACACAGAAGAGGAUGAUGAGGCACUGGAACCUCCCAGAACGGAAUCAAAAGGUGUCACUGCGAGGGUAGACACUGACUCUUGGUCUGCCAUGCGGGAGGAUGAUGCUGCUUUUGCAGCUCGUGUCAAAGAGGAGGAACAGAAGAUAUUGAAUCUUGUGGUGGACCGUCAAUCUUUGCAAGCAACUCCGGAUACAACACCUGGUAGAACACCAACAGAAGACAGCACUCCUACCAGUGAGCCCAACCCUUUUCUGUUCCAAGAAGGGAAGCUCUUUGAGAUGACUCGAAGUGGAGCUAUUGACAUGACUAAGAGGAGUUAUGAGGAAGAGGGGGGUGGCUUUGCCUUUUUCCAAAUAGGUGAACAGCCUUUAGAGGAGCCUAUCUUAGAAGAGGUCAGGCAAGAAGGUAGGAGAUCAGCAGCAGAACCUGAAGUUGGCCUCAAUCUAACACUAGAGGUUAAGACUGAGGAGACUGAGAAAUCAACUGAUUCUCAGUUUCAGUCCCCACCUGAAGGUGAUCAGACAGCCUCUAAAGCUGAUGCCUCCAAAUCUAAAAUCCCCAAAAUGGGUAUUUCCGCCUCAUCAAAACCUACAAAGAAAGAUCAGACAUCCCCUGAAGGUCUAGAGACUAAAACAGACAAAAAUGUGAAUGAAGUAUGCUUAGAUUUAGACAAAAAUUCCCCUGACCAAAUAACAACUUUACAAACGGCAGAAACUACAGUCACUAGAUCAGUUUACUCUGAGCAGGGCCAAGAGUCCUCCGAUUCAUCUCCAGAAGAACCACAGUCAGUGAUAGAAACCCCCAAACCAACAGGAAAAUCUAAACAAAGUGCUUCCAGUAGUGUUAAAAAGACUCCAGUUAAAACACAAGCUAAGUCUGCUACACAAGGUCGGGGUAAGACCACAAUUCCCUCUCCAUCUCAUGCUACCUCCUCUUCAGCCACACUUAAAAAAGAGUCCUCCUUUGUUUCAGAAUCUAAAUCUAGAAUUCCCAUCAAGGCUAGCACUCCCAAGCCCGAUUCUACUGUCAAACGCGUUGAAUCAACCCCAGACAAAAAACUUAAGGUCCCCGUUAAAAAGGAUUCAAGGAGAAAAUCUGAGACAGACGCAGGUCCCUCUGUGGAUUUCAAAACCAAGACACCAUCUUCCAAAGCCAAGAGCUUCUGUGAAGGGGAAUCUACCAGGCCAUCUGCUAAAAAAGAACAAGGUCGUCCCUUGAGUGCUGAGUCAGCCAAGUCCAAAGGCUUCCAGUCCAGACUGCCAGUCCGAGGCAAAGGUGGCCAGUCAUCUCAUUCAUCAACACCUACUAAAGAGAAAAGUGAGCCAUGUAAACAGUCCAUUGAAUUCUUUGAAGAGAUAAGCGAUGAAGCAGCAAAACUUGUGGCAAGGUUGGCACAGGCGAAGACAGAGAAAGAACAAGAGGCUGCAGCUGCCAACUCAGAUGAUGAGAGUAUUCUCAUUGAUCCAUCAGUCAUAGAAAGAGAAACUUUCCCUGAGAUGCAGUUCCCUCCCUCAGGAGACGUCUUUCCCAUUAGACCACUGUGGGACGACCCUGUUGAGACACAGAUGCAGCGAAUCCCAGAUGAUAAAGUCCAAAGUCAAGUAGAUCCACAGGAUGAAGCAGAGAGAAAAGAGCAACGGUUGGCCAUUAUAGCCGACCACCUGGGCUUCAGCUGGGCAGAGUUGGCACGAGAACUGGACUUCAGUGAGGAGAAGAUCAACCUGAUAAGGAUAGAAAACCCCAACUCACUACAGGACCAAAGCCAUGCCCUUUUGAAACUCUGGGCAGAGAGGGAGGGAACGCAUACCUCAGAAGCAACACUGAUCAAGAGACUGACUAAGAUCAACCGAAUGGACAUUGUUCACCUCAUUGAAACCAAGAUAAUCAAGUCCAGUCAGGAGGAGACAUCAUCACAUACCUAUGCAGAAAUAGAGCGGACCAUAGCACUGGAUCAUAGUGAAGGUUUCUCUGCCCUUCAUGAAGACAUUGACAGCCCCAGGCCAGGCAGGCGUAAAGAGGCCACAUGUAGGAGUCGAGGCUCAGGACAAGAGGUACCCAUGGUGUCAGCGGAGGACCUGUCCUCCAGUUUGUCAUCACUCCAGGAGACAGUGGGACGACCAGAGACAGAUUCCACAGCAACAGGCCUUCUUAGAAAUGCCCAGAAAGAGAAACUAGAAAAAGAGAUGGAGACAACAUACUCAUCACAAAGAGUAUAUGACGAAUUGACAGACACGGUACACACAGGCACUCAUGAACAAGAGAUAGCAGAGGAGCUAGGGUGUCUGUCUACUGAUAGCUCAGAGGAGGAGGUGCUGACCACCAGGGUGGUCCGACGCAGAGUUAUCAUUCAGGCGGAUAACCUGCCAGAUAUGCCACCACAGACCGUCACAGAGGAGAAGUACACAGAUGAGCAUGGCAACAUGGUAGUUAAGAAAAUCACACGGAAGGUGAUUCGUAAAUAUGUGUCAGCGGAUGGCAUGGAGACGCAGGAAGUGACCGUUGAGGGCUCUCACCAGGAGACGGUGCAGAUCGAGGAGGGAGACACUGUGUCCAGAGUGGUGAAGAGAACUGUGCUUCACAGUGAGGGAGAUCAAAAAGAGCUGACCUUCUCAGAGCCCCUGGCCCUGGGUGCCGCCACUGCAUCAGAGUUUGAAGUGGAGCCAGUGCAAGGCCGAAAGGUCAGCAAGGUUGUCAAGACAACGGUGGUGAGAGGCGAAAGGAUGGAGAAGCAAACGGGAGACCCCUCACUGGCUGUAGAUCUCCCCUCAGCCAGACAGGACUUUGAGAAGGCAUUGAGUUAUGCUGGAGGCUUUGGGAAAAUGCUCCUGCCUCAUGUAGUAGAGAAAGAGAUUGUGCGGGACGAUGGUUCUGUGGUUAAAAGGUUGGACAGCAGCAUGGGAAUGUGUAGAAAUGACCACAAAGAAAAUGGUGUUUACUAAGAGGGCAGUUAGUGGAGGUUAACAUGGAAGCAUGGUGUGAUUGCACUCUAUCUUCUCACCUCUUACUGUCCAAACUUUGAUUUUGAAUUGCACUUUGUAGGGUGAAUGACAUUAAGAAGAAAUUUUUUUUUUUUUUUUUAAAUCCUGGUAUUAUUGUAGUUUCGGGCAUUAUUGUUUUAAUUUUACUUACUAGCCUUCUGGCUGAGAUCUGGAAUGCAGCAGACAUUCAGAUUAGUCAGGCACAACCAUACAAAAAAACUUAAGAAGUCAGACAUUUUUAAAGCUACUGUUUGUAGAAGUUUGUAGCAUCUUUUACAUUCCUCUGAUGGCAUAGUAGUGCAGUUAAUGUGUUGCUUUCAGGACAUUAAUCUCAGUACCCCCUAGUUGCAUUCUAUAUACAGCCACUUUGGGGCACCAAAGUUAGGAUAUUUCAAAUUGCACAUGGAGUGGCAUGCAAAAGUGUGGGCACCCCUGGUCAAAAUUUCAUUUACUGUGAAUAGUUAAGUGAUGCACUGACCUCCAAAAGGCAUGAAGUUAAAGAUAAAACAUGCUUUUCAACAUUUUAAGCAAGAUUAGUGUAUUAAUUUUUGUUUCGUAAAAUUUUAGAGUGAAAAAAGGAAAGGAGCACCAUGCAAAAGUUUGGGCACCCCAAGACAUUUUAGCUUUCAGACAAUUUUUGCCAAGGUCUCAGACCAUAAUUAGCUUGUUAGGACUAUGGCUUGUUCACAAUCAUCAUUAGGAACGGCCAGGUGAUGCAAAUUUCAAAGCUUUAUAAAUACAACGACUCCUGAAACCUUGUUCCAACAAUCAGCAGCCAUGGGCUCCUCUAAACAGCUGUCUGGCACUCUGAAAACUAAAAUAAACCACAAAGCAGGAGAAGGCUAUAAAAAGAUAGCAAAGUGUUUUCAGGUAGCUGUUUCCUCAGUUUGUAAUGUUAUUAAGAAAUUGAAUUGAAAUUGAAAGAAAUGGAAGUUAACAGGAACUGUGGAGGUCAAGCUGAGGUCUGGAAGACCAAGGUAACUUUCUGAGAGAGCUGCUGAUAGGAUUGUUAAAAAGGCAAAUCAAAACCCCUGUUUGACUGCAAAAGACCUGCAGGAAUAUUUAUUAGACCCUGGAGUGGUGCACUGUUCUACUGUGCAGCGACACCUAUACAAAUAUGACCUUCAUGGAAGAGUCAUCAGAAGAAAACAGUUCCUGCACCCUCUUCACAAAAUUCAGCAUCAGAAGUUUGCAAAGGAAAAUCUGAACACGCCUGAUGCUUUUCGGAAAUAAGUUCUGUGGACUGAUUGUUUUGGAUGCAAUGAGUUGUUGUUUAGAAU